AUGCCGUCGUAUGGGACUAGUGCCACCAGCUCGUCUAUCGGUCCCCCUAGUACCGAAACAGGCCGUAGCGUAGUUAGCUCCGAGCUUCCAGUGCCGGAGCUGGACGACGACAUCUCCACCGAAGAUGUCACAAGCGACGGUCUAAGUGCAUGGACGAUGAGCGUUGUAGAACCGAGCGGUCAUGUAUUUGAGGCGAAUGAUGAGACGAGAGCAAGCCAGUUCGAUGCUGGUUCUGUCUAUUCCCGAAGCCAUCAUCCGGGUGGCCGUGCAGUGGUGUAUCGAGUGGAGCAUUCGUUUGAGAGCGAAGGUAGUGUAGAAGACGGGACCGUAAACUCAACGCGGUCAAUCAACGAACUGGAUCUCAACUACGUGAUGGAAAAUGGACGACGGUAUUGCGGCGCAUAUUACAUGCCAAACGACGAUGACGAGCAAGUUCGAUUGCAGUUGAUGAACCAGGUCUACCUGAAAACAUUCGACGGCGAAUUAACAAGCGUGCCUUUAGAAGCGCCUACUCACAUCCUGGAUAUUGGUACUGCCGUCGGUGAAUGGGCCAUAGAUAUGGCUGAGCUUUAUCCCGACUGCGAAGUAACCGGAACUGACAUCUCUAAUAUUUUUGAACGUCGAGUCCCGCAAAAUAUUUUCUGGGAGAUUGACGAUGCCGAGCUGGAAUGGGAACGACCACCGAAUCACUAUGACUUAGUACACAUAAGAGACUUGCAAGGAUCGUUUUCUGAUUGGCAUCAUAUUUACCGAUCUGCUUUCCACUGUAUCAAACCUGGUGGAUGGAUUGAAGUGUUGGAUUUUGAUGAUCAUCGUGGAAUAAGCAAUCUUCACUCAUUCUUCGAACCCGAGUCCUUGGUACACAAGGCAUUGCACGACGUCCGUGAGGCUGCUUUGUUGCAUGGGAGGCCGCGUGGUGUUGCCCAUCUAGAACCUAGGUUUUUAGUUAAUGCAGGCUAUGUUGACGUCCAACUAACCGAACACGCCAUCCCUCUAAGGACCGAAGACGGCUCUACCGGAAAAUUUUGGCUUCUUUCCAUGCUGAACGGAUGCGAAUCGAUAUGCCUAAGGCUUCUGACCAAGUACAAGGGGUGGGAUCCAGAUCAAGUUCGUUUGGCUUGCGAGCAGAUUGGCGAAGAACUGAUGGCAAUGGCACUCAACUCCAAGAGAGCAAAGGGAUUCGUUGCCAAAGUCAGAGUAUUGAAGGGGAGGAAACCAAGCCCAUAUAACCGGUGGUCCAGAUUACCGUCUCGCGAACCCAUUCCUGUGAUACAGGAGAAAUAUCUGGAUAUACUAGAGGACACUGAUGCAGAGGAGAGUAAUCUGACGGAUGCUCUGACGGACGGAGAAAGUGGCUUUUGCUCAUUCCCAUCUCGUGGUCCAACGAGCGUCGCAAACAGCAAAUCACUUCGAUCAGGCUAG